GACCGGUGAUGUACAAAUAGUAACUCUGAAUCGGACCUGUCAGUGAAUCACGGCAUUUGUUUAUAUGUUUAUGGUGUACGUGCAACAGACGACACCCAAUUGGGCGCAACCCUGCCCAAGCUGGACCGAUUCUGUCUCAGAAGUGAGGAAGACACAGAAACAAGUGGAUGUGUCAUAAAUUUCACUUGUGGUUUUUAACAGGAGGAUAUCGCGGUAUCCCUAAAUGGAUAUUUGCAUAUUAGUCAUCAGGAUUCGAAAAGUGAUCACAGCCUUCCCCAUCAGGUAUCACCACGUGAGAAUUCGCCAUCUCUCAUGAAUUCUGGUUGAUGGAUACACGGAAAGCUCCUGAACCGGCAGUUAUACAGAUAUCGAGCCGAUUCUACCGUGUUCCACUAUUAAAGCGGACCAACUUACUAUACGUAUUCUGUCACGUUAAUCACGUUGAUCAGUCACGAUACAUUAUUUUUGAAAUAAAGAAACUAGAUGUCAACAGUUUUUUGGAGAGAAAGAAACAGCGACUUUAUCAAGUAAAACGAGGUUCUAAUGACAAAUAGAGACUAAUGCUAGUAUUCUAUAUAAUAUCAAUUGGUGCGAGUGACUUCGUAAUUUGGCAGUUUUGGAUGGACCUGAUAUCAUUAAAUCGUAAUUUGAGAAUUUUGGGUUAAAAAUGAAUACUGACGGCGUGAUGAUGAAGACAAACGAGGUGAUGUCAUGUAUUACGUCAUUGGAGAACAGUAUCGAACGAUACACUGAGGCCCUUAAUCGGGUGGCCCUGAAGGCGGGCAGACUGGAGAAGUCGAAACACCUCUAUCGGUCGCAGAGCAGUGCCCAUGAUCUCCGGGAUGAGGAGCAGGUGACCGUGAAAGUCCGCCUAGUAUUCCUGAAAAUUGGUGAAAUCGAUACCUUAAAAGAGAACUAUGCAGCCGACAUAUUUGUUUACACAGUUUGGCGGGAACCUUCACUUGACGGUCGGUCCACAAAGGAUGUCGAAAACUUGGACUUUUCAAAAUACUGGAACCCGCGUCUUUUUGUGGAUAAUACGCUAGGAGACCCAAAGGAGGAGCUAUGGCAGUCAGUACAAUUUGACGACAGUGGUCAGGCCAGCAUGAUCGAGAAGAAACGCAUCAAAGGCACUUUUCUUGAAAAUUUAGAGUUGAAGCACUUUCCGUUUGAUACGCAGGACCUUUCGAUCACAAUCACCACUGAACGCUCAGAUACAGAGAUGGAACUUCUUACAGAUGAUAAAAAGCUGAGUAGUAUUAACGUGCAGUCCUUCAUCGACGCCCAAGAGUGGGACCUUCACACUCACGUCGAGACCUCAAAGAAGGUGACGACAAAAGAGUACUCGGGCUCGCAGUUAAAGUGUCCAGCCUUGGUCUUCACUUGUCGAGCUGCCAGGAGGCCUGGGUUCUUCAUUUAUAACAUUCUUUUAAUCAUGUUCUUUAUCUGUACGUUAGCAUUUGUCACUUACUCCGUCGAGAAGAAACUUACACAAAACCGUCUACAAUUGUCGUUUACAUUGGUGCUCACAGGGGUCGCUUUUAAAUUCGUUGUCAAUCAAAGUCUGCCAAAGAUUUCAUACUUAACGUACUUGGACAAAUACAUUCUCGUGUCAAUGUUUAUCCUGUGCCUGGUGUGCUUCUGGCACGCCAUAGUAAGCGUGCUGCUUAAGACCUUAGGCGAUACCGAGACAGUAGACAAGGCGGAUAUAUUUGCUCUUGUCGUCAUUGGUUUAUUGUACAUAUUCUUCCACAUCGUUUUCUUUGCCCAUAUAUACUUAGACGCCGGGAAGCGGCGGAGACUGAUGUACAGAAAGGACCAAGAAUACAAGCGCAAGUUAAAGGCUUUGCAGAAAGUGCUUCAAGCUGCAAGCAUUGUGUGACUGUCGCUCCGAUGAUCUGUGAAUUGUAUGGUACCGUAAUGCAUUUUUCAAAGUUUAAAUGUACGUGAAAUGUACGUAAACUCGUAAAUCAUAUACUGCACAUACGUGUUGUACUUAAUCAUUGGGAAGUUAUCCUGCCAAGUUAUCAGCCAUUCAGAAAUGCCAUUCGUAAGAUACAGUUAACCGUUCUUUAAUAGAAAUCAAGUCGUGAUAUGCUGUACACUCACUUCCUCCUGAUGCAGAGACUCUUAAAAAUUACAUAGACAAAGAGCUACAUGGCUUUCAAAUGUUGUUCGGCUCCGUGGAGUACUGUUAUUGUAUCAAGGCAUGCUCAAUAAGCGUCCAAUGGUCGAGGCUUCACAAGUCCUUUCCUGCAGUUAUUGAUGGUUAGCAUGAUAUUGCAUGGUUAUUUCGCGGCAUGCGACCAACUUCGUUGAAUAGCAUCGCAGAGCAAAAUGUUUUGUUGGUUCGGUUUGGAUGCGGUGACACCCUGACGCGUGCAUGCGCGCUCACGCAAUCGCACUCGGUGGAAACCUACCCCUGCUUGAAUCGCAGCGCGGCCGAUUCCGGACUCCUGGCAUGGCAUGUAUACUGAGAAUCUUUUUCACUUUCGCCUAUUUGGAGGAACGCCACACAGCGGUAACGCAUUUUUGAUACUGUAUAGACUUGAUAGAUUAACCAGUCAGAAUGCGAUUUGGAAUGCUUGAUCCGAUUGUCGUUGGCCGCGGUCAAUGUUCGACAAAAUAAGCGUGACAGUCGUGUCUACUGCAUGCACGUGCAUCAUUUUUAGUCGUGGGCGGAGUCACGAUGCGAUUUUCAUUUGAAGACCACUAGCUGGGAAUCUGUGGUCGCCGCACAACGAAAACCCGGAGCGUAUGCGAAUCAAAUGCACAAUACAGUUACGUAAUAGUGGCUUUCAAACUUAUAUGCGCUGCUUGUCACGGCACUUUUAUUUGCACUCGAUGCUUUCUUUGCAUGCUUGCAUGCUUGCAUGUUGUUGACAGACACUAGCUUUGUUAUCAGAGCGUAUGCAGUAAAAUCUCUCGUCUCAGCGACAUGCAACCUAAAUUUUGCAUGCUUAGGUUUUGUGUUGCAGCUCGCAACACCAGGAAACGCGUUAGCGAUUUUUGAGGCUGUUCCUAAUUGCAACAGAAAUCGCUUUCAUGCUCAGUGUUAUUCCAGUUAGCCCUUCCUUUCCCUUUUUAGUUACGUAGAAUUACACAAUCUCGAGGUGGCAUAAAUAACCAUGAUAACUGCCUGUUCCUCGAGUCAGUAUAGAUAUGAGAAAAUAGACAUACGAAAAGCAGAAUGUGCGGGCUUUAUGAAUAAUUUUGUGUUCAUCAGAGCUGUAUAGUUUAAAAACUUCUUUAGUUAGCGAACCUCAGCCUGUAAAAGUGAAAUUCAUAUCUCAGGUUGAGAUCUUUCUUUCCCAGGGCAAUACAUGUACUUCAAUUGCAUCAGCAUUGGAUUCGUAUCAGAGAUUAGAGAUUAGAUAUCAUUAGCAUAGUCAGCCUGAAAAAAAACGUGUUCAAGAAGGGAGGUUUCUAAAGCCUGUGAAAAUCUCGUUUCACUUCUAUCAUGUUAGCAACAAAUGCUCAUUAUAAUUUCGUGCCCCGAAUAUUGUAUUUAUUGAUAAAUUGUGAUAGGGGUAUACAUUGCAGCCUCUUAGCUUUAUAACAAAUAACUGAACCACGGUGAUUAUCAGGGACAUAAUUUCCGCGGUACAGUGCAGUGCAUACCAAGAAUAGAGGGCUGACCUUGACAUGAAAAUAGAGUUUUCUGAUUUUGUUCUCUUGCAAGUUGAUAAGUUCCUAUAGCGCCGAUGUUUUCAUCCAUCGCAUGAUUCUUUUGCAGGAGAGGAAGCUUGUAUUCGAGGCGAGUCAUCGGAAUCGAAUGAUGCAGGGCCGUUCGACGGUCAUCACGCCUCCCACUUCCCACGAGAACCACACCUUCAAGAGCGACUAUCGUUCGUGAUCGUUUUGUACAUACUUCAUCACAGGAACAACAAUCUCCAAGCCACGAUAUUGUUAACCGUCGCUAGAUUUGCUAAGUCUAAAAUUGAGCCAAGGUCGAAUGCAGCAGCGAGUGCCUAUCGCAAACUGUGCAGCGCGCUGCACUGCACUGCAACGAAUCAGGGAAUCAGUCUUGCGAAUCAACGAAUCAGUCUUGCGCACCAUAAAAUCUAAUCUACACUUUGAUGAUAAACAUCUAAACUCUAGUGUGUACAUGUAUACAUUUUGUGUAUUUCUGUAUCAAGUCAAAGGGUAAGCCUAAACUGGCACUCUGCCUUCGGAAACAACGUCUAAUAUGUGGAAAGACAUGGAAAAUAAUGCAUUAUGUUAAACGAGUUUUAUUUCAUUGAUGUCAAGUAGCGUGGCAUCUGGACCGCCAAGGUUUUUAAUAUCUCGUCAAGUAAGGAUUACUUGAUCUCAUCUAUUCAGAAUGACCAAACACAUUUUUGUAAAAGCCUUGAUGUUCAAGAUGGAUUUAUUUCUACUGUUGUAGAUGUGAUCGUUUCUGCACAUCGAAAACACGUUUUAUAUCAUAUUUUUGUAUAUCGCCGUCUUCAAAUCGACCGACAUAAUUAUGGGCGGAAACUAUCAUGUACAUGUAUAUGUCCACGUCUGUAAGUUCGCAUCAAGCGUUUUCUGGCUGGUAAGAAAUCAAGGUUUUGUUGGCCGAGACAAAAGUAGAUACGCAGCAAAAAAGUAUAUUAUACGUGUAAGUGUAUUAUACGUGUAAGUGUGUGGUAUAUGUAUGCUGGUACUCUGUCUGCCAACUUAGGGAAAGGAUCAUUUCCACCAUGCUCACAGCAUAACCAUUUGUAUCAAACGAAUUUGUUCUGUCAUAUGUGGAAGACAAUAACGCGCUUAACACAUUUAAUGUCUUAAAUAUUUACUUUAUCUAUUAUAGUAUUUAUCAUUACGAGGCAAUAUCAAUUGUAUAGGUAUAAGAAUCCCACACAACGAAAUAGGCCAUUGCCCGCCAUACGCACAUUUUAGUAAUACAUGUACAUCGAUGCACUAUGUUACGCUAUAAUUUACCAAAUGUAAUGAGAUCAGUUGAAAUCGAACCAUAUCUAAGCUUCUUUCGUCAGUGACGUGGUUGGGUUCGCAAUAUUCUAAUGUUUGUGUUUUUCCAGUUAUUACUUGAAAAAUUCAAUGGGUUCCAUUUGGCCAAGAGUAGGCCUCUAAUCUAGUUAAAAAUGAUUGCAUUUGUCAUCGAUGGCCUGUUUUUUCGUGUUUUAGAGGAAAUAUUGCACAAUAAAUAUUUGUAUAAUAAGUAUGUACAUGUAUACAGAAGAUGUUCUUCCUUAUGAUCAAGCCCUCUUUGAUUUUGUUAGUACAACAUGUAGUUAGGUUUUGUUGUUCACACACACAUGUCAAUAAAAAUAUGAUACACAAUCGGUCGUUUAUGUUAUUGUCAUGUUUCACAUUUACAAAAUUGAUCACUUCGGAAGAAUGGUGACCCUGCAUCCCUCUCCCUUACUCAAUGGAACGUCUUAGGGCCAAGGUCGCCGUCCUCUUUGAG